CCCCAUGAAACCCACUUGCGCGCUUCGGACCCAAAAGUUACCCGCCGGUCCCUCAGAUAAAGAGAGAGAGAGCUCCUCCGGCGACAAUGGCCGACACAAGAAUGAACGACGAUGAAUGGUUCGGGGACUUCAAAUUCGCAUCUUCCCUCAAUCAAUCCCCUACCCAAUUGAACCAGAUCAACGGCCGACACGCCGAUGCCGACGACGAUGAUGAUGACGAAUGGGGCGAUUUUGUUGAGUUCCCUCUCCGAUCUGAGGUCUCCGGCGGACUCUCUCACGCUCAAUCUCCUUCAACUAUCUCCAAACCCAUCGACUUUGGUUUCUCUACAGAUCCCACAACCCAACAUCCAGAAUUCGUGGCAAGUCCGACGCAAUCGGCUCAGUGGGUUAAACCAAAAGGAGCUUUGCCUCUAUCAUUAUUUGGUGAUGCAGAUGAAGAUGAAGAUAAAGAGAAAGAGGAGAAUGUAAGUGUACUGAGUCAAUCUGGCCUAGGAGCCAAUGAUACUUCUGCUGAUAAAAACUUAGGUAACCUUAAAUAUAGUUUUAGUAAGUGGACGGGUGUAUCUGUUAACAACGUUCUUGAUAAUCUAUACAAUCAGAAUCAGCAGAUCAAUGUUAAUAUUUCAAAUGGUGAACAUGAAAAUCCGCCUAAAGCUAACGGUUUUGUGCCAAGUUCUAGUGGGUUAGACCCAAACCCAGGUCCUUUCCAUACGAAUGGGGGGAUUGCCAAUUUAAAUGGAUCAAAUGUGAACAUGAAUGAGAUGCAUCUAAAUCCAAGUGCAGAAAGUUCAAAUAUGAAUGGUUUAAUCUCAAAUUCGAGUGAAUUAAAUUCACACAUGGAGGAAUUGACUCCAAAGGCUGGUGUUCACAGUACAAAACCUCAAUCCGGUCAUCCUACUUCAGGUCAGUCAGAUGCAGUGGUGGAUUUAUUUGCCAGAGAUGGAGUUAGUCAGAUUUCAGAAACUACUGGGCAUUCUAGGACAAAAAGUGAUUCCAGUACCACUUUAGGUCUGUCGGAUUCAAUGGUGGAUUUAUUUGCAAGAGAUGGUAGUAGUCAGAUUUCAGAUGUUACUGGCCUUUCUAGAACUAAAAGUGAAUCAAGUACCACUUUAGGUCAGUUUGGUUCAAUUGGGGAUUUAUUUGCUAGAGAUGGUAGUAGUAGUCAGAUUUCAGAUGUUUUUCCUGAUCCAAAUGGAUUGAACUCGUCUUGGGGAGAGUUCCAUGGGCAUUCUUCUCCAAACGCUUCCGUCUCGAAUACACCUAUGUUUGAGUUUCCUUAUACAACUGGUGGACUUGAUAAGAUUGAUGGCGAUGAUGAUGACAAUGAGGGAUGGGAAUUCAAGGAUGCAUUCUCAGAAGAGAAAAUUGGACAAUUAGAUGGAAAGGUUUUUCAUGGAGUACAAGAAAACUCAGAGCCAACUGUCUCAUCAUCUGGAUAUUCAUAUGAUUUCAGCAAUGGACAUCCAGCAUCAAAUGAAGGGAACUCUGGUUCUAUUUUUGAGUUUACCGAGCUUCAAAAUGAUCUUAGCUCAGAUCUUCACGAGGAAACCAAACAGGAUCUUAAUUUUGACCCACUUGUAACGAGCUUUGACGCUAAUGAAUCUUUUGGAGAGUUCACUAGUGUCGCUGAAGGAACUAUGUCAAAGAAGGAAAGCUCAGAGGAUAAAAAUCAAUCUUCGUCUAGUACUGGUGGAAUGAUUUUUGAAGAAAGAGCCCAAGAAAGCAUUUUGAAACCAGUGAAAUUUACUGAAGCACUUCCAUUGUCCAUCUUUGGUGAAGAAGAGCUUGAAGCUGAUAAUAGAUUGAAUGCACAAGAUGCUUUACCAUAUAGCCCUUCCUACAAAAGACAUGACAAGCAUAGUCAGGAUUCAAAAAUAUCCAUCAAGGAUCUUUUAUCAAACUUGUAUAGUCAGUCUGAGCAAAAUUCUCCUGUUAGCCAUGUAGCUUAUGAAAACGGAGUUAACUCAUCCCAUUUUAUGCCUAGUCCUUUAAACGGUGAUGUUGUUGAUGAUGAUGAUGAUUUUGAUAAUGCUUCUUGGGAAUUUAAAGAUGCUUCUAAUUUGAUGAGAGUGGAAGAGCAGACUUCUCAUCUUGAUUCAGGAAACACAAACAAAGAGAUUUCUGCUGAAGUAAAGACAAGUUCUUUGGUGGAAUUUUAUAGCAAACUUAAAGUGGAAUUGCUCCAUAUUUGCGGGUCUCAUCUUGAGAAUCUUAAGAACUCCCGAAGUAGUGUUGCACUUUCUGUAGAAGAUGCUAAAGCAGUAGCUCUUGAUGAGGAGAUCCAGAAGGCAAGUGAAGAACUUCACAAUUUGGGGUUGCUUCCUGGCUAUGCCUACCAAGAAGAUACACCAUCUCGUGAAAUAGACCUCGAUCAGUUUAUUGAUGUUCUCCGUGAAGAAGAAUUCCAAGUGCUGGAAUCAGAAUAUCAACUAUCAAGAAGACUGAAACUAGCAGAUAAUGAUUUGAAAGCAGCAGUUGAAAUCUUGAAGCAUGUGACAUCAAUGCUAAAAAUUUUGACUUUGGCAUCAACUGAGGAACAACAUUUGUACGUCUCUAUAUGGUUGAAGGUGAUUUCUUCCUGUGUUCAGGAACUGAGACAUGCUUCUCGAAUCUGGAAGCAAUCAUUAGAUAAGAAUAUUCACGAGCAGAUACUCUCUGAACCUCAAGGCAAGCUUUAUAUUCUUGCCCUGGGUGAGGUUUAUAGAGUUGCAGUAACUAUUGGAGCCUCAGCAAAGCUAUACAAACCAUGGAUACUCUUUAGUUGUGCAAAUUCAACAACAUUCUAUGCUACCCUACAAGAAUGUGAUGAUCUAUGGUCCAGUUCGAAGCUUCAGGAAGCCCUUCAGAAUAUUUCUGAUCCUAUUCAAUUUGAAUGUCAUGGCACUGUCAAGUCACUAUUGGAGUGCACACAGUAUAUCCAGGAAGUUGAUGCUAUUGUUCUUGAGGAUUAUUUGUUCAAUCAACAUGAUCCCAUUUGUCAGUUGUCGGCUCUACCUGCAGGAUCUAUUCCGGACAUGAAAUUGGUGUUAUGGAAUAACAACACCUUCUUUCUCAAGCUUGCGAAUUUAUGGGCAAAUCUCAUUUGUUGUGACCCUCCAAUAAUGCCACAUUUGAGAGUUGGUUGAUAAUGGCUGGAAUUCUUGCUGGAGAUUUUAUUUGAAAACCCUAGUUUGUUGGGUAUGGAAAUUGCUGUAAGAGAACACGAGGAUGAACUAUGGUUCUGAACUUGAAAGAAAAAGCCAGUUGGAGGGAGUCAGUUGGCUGUCCAACUCAAGAAGCUGAUAUACAGUGUUCAAUGCAAUCUGCUUGGUUUUGAUCAGGCAAGUUUCAGAAUUGAUUUUUUCUUUUCUUUUCUAUUUUUCUAUAUUGUUGUGUAUUCUUUCUAGAUAGCAUUGUGAAUUGUGUCUGCUAAGGUUGUAUGCUUAUUAUCAUUUGUUUUGUUGUAGAAGUUGAGGACAUAAUGGAAUGUAAUCAAUUCCCAUUUUACCAGAUACAUAGGAGGGAGGUAAAUAAACAUGAUUGUCCUCCCUCAAAAAAAAAAAGUCCCCGACCAUCGUUCUUUUGUGCUUGGACUAUUUUGAAACCAAAAUGUUUUUUCCAAAAAAUGCUUGAGGUUAACGCAAAUGUGUUUGCAGUUCCUGGAAAACUGUUUUUCCUUCAAGGAAGGGAUGGAUUUCUGAUUUGAUUGCUUAGGGAAAUAUUAUUGUACAGCUUCUUGAACCCAGAAGACCAUUAUUGCUUGUAAAGUUUUUAUGUUGUUAA